AUGGUUCCCUCACCUCCGCCCACAUUCUGUGGACGUGUAGUUCAUCAUUUGAAGUCGGACGACGACUUCCGCACAGCAACCGACGCCUUCAUGAUAUUAUUCGCAGUGGUGGGAAGUGUGUCCGCAGCAACGUCCAGUUAUCUUCUGGGUCUUGUAGCGAUUGCUAUUGUCAUGCCGAUUGCAUAUUUAAUAGGCAGAAAACGUCCGAAUAAAGCCAUUCUGUUGCCGGGAGCGUUUUUGGGAUGUGCGGUAGCUGUCAAUCUGGCGUAUACAGUAUCCCAUGAAGGCGAAACCUGGGAGCACUUGACUCGUUAUUUCGUCUUCCUAUUCCUCUUUCACUUUACCGAGUUCGUGUUCACCGCGCUGACGAAUCGGCGAUCGCUCCGUCCCGAUUCGUUUCUUCUGAAUCACUCUGUUGGAUACUGGUUGGCUGCUGGAAUCAGUUGGGUGGAGUUCGGCAUCGAAGCCUACUUCUUCCCGGGCAUAAAAUCUUAUCCAGUGCUAUGGAUCGGAACGAUUGGAUGUAUAAUUGGAGAAAUCUGCCGAAAGCUGGCGAUGAUUCACGCCGGACUCGGUUUUACCCACCGGUUAGCAAUGAAAAAACGAGUGGAUCAUCGUUUGGUGAAGGAUGGAAUUUAUGCAUAUAUGAGACAUCCUGGAUACUUUGGCUGGUUCGUCUGGGCAGUCUCCACCCAAAUCAUCCUCUGCAAUCCCAUUUGUUUCGUCGUCUACGCCUACGUGACGUGGCACUUCUUCGCUUCUAGAAUCUACGACGAAGAACGAGAUCUGAUUGCAUUCUUCGGUGAUGCCUACGUGGAAUACCAAAGAGAAGUGUGGAUUGGAGUUCCAUUUGUUAGUGGGUAUCAACGACCAUAA